AAAUACUGAUAUUGUUUUGAGUUGUGCGCGCAUCAAAACGACUCCUCCCUCAACACACAAACACACAUACACGCGGUCGCGCGCACACACACAGUGAACUCCGCGCGCUUCUCUCUCGGUGUGCUCGUCAGUCUCGCGCUCAGCGCGUGUGGAGAAACAGCAUUGCUGGACCUGAAGGAGUGAUGUGAUUUAGUUCCGCUCUUCUUUAGGAGGAAACGACACUUCGAGAGGAGACACGACGGCGAGAGAACCGAACCGAACCGAGCUCUAACCCAGAACAGUUCCCGUGAGCGCGAGAGAGACGCGCGCCGGACGCGGAGCGAUGGAUUCCUCAGCUCGGCGCUCGCGUGGAAACACAGAUGCACUUUGGACCGGUGGCCACACCUCGUCCCUGAAAGCCCAGCUCGAAGAACCCGCCAUCGCUUGACUGAACACACACCGUCGCAUCUUCAACACAACCCGCCGUUUAUCCUCUCCAACCCUCUCCAUGGCUAAUCUUCUGAGUUACGCGUUGUUCCUGGUCCUCCGGACGUACGCCGCUCCUCCCGAGUUCAUCCAAGUGACUCCGGUCCCGGAAAACCCUGGAAACGAGACGUUCACCCCUUCUUUGAUCCCGCCUCCAGGAACCAGCAAACACGCUCCUCACAGCAUCAUCGUCGGCGUUCGGAAAGGAGGAACGAGAGCGUUGCUGGAAAUGCUGGAUAUCCAUCCCGAAGUGGCAGCGGCCGCCACUGAAGUCCACUUCUUCGACUGGGACGAGAACUACGCCAAAGGCUUCGAUUGGUAUCGCGAACAAAUGCCGUAUUCGUUCCCUCAUCAGAUCACGGUGGAGAAGACGCCGGGGUAUUUCACGUCUCCGGUCGCUCCCGCGCGCAUCCACGCCAUGAACUCGUCCAUCAGACUCUUGCUGAUCCUCAGAGACCCAACGGAGAGAGUCAUCUCGGAUUACACGCAGGUCUACUUCAACCGGCUGGAGAACCACAAGCCCGUUCAGGCCAUCGAGAACAUGCUGGUGAAGAACGGCGCGCUCAACACGCGCUACAAAGCCAUCCAGCGAAGUCUUUACGACGUGCACAUGAGGAACUGGCUCCAGCACUUUCCUCUCGAGCAGAUCCACAUUGUGGACGGGGACACGCUGAUCCACGACCCGCUGCCCGAGCUCCAGCGAGUCGAACGCUUCCUCCAUCUCCCGCCGCGGAUCGUGGCGUCCAACUUCUACUUUAACCAAACCAAAGGCUUCUAUUGCAUCCGUAGUGAUGGACUUGAGCGAUGCCUUCAUGAGUCUAAAGGACGUCCUCAUCCUCCGGUUAACGACGCGGUUCUCCGUCAACUGCGUUCGUAUUUACGCCAACACAACCUAAACUUCUUCCGGCUCAUAGGUCGGAGCUUUAACUGGCAGUAGUGGGAGGGGCUAGAACUUGCAUUUCGACCAAUCAGAGUGGCCGGGUUGCUGAUUGACAGGUGUACAAACUCCUCCCCCUCAGAACAAUCACGAACAAUCGGACGAAUACGAUAUUAAAACAGGGACUGCGAGGGGAAGAUCUUUGCUGUCGAGUGUCUUUGUCGUGACGAAGUUACCCGAGACGAAUUCUCUCUGUUCGUUUGAUAUUCUUGUACUUGAUGAUAAUAAAUGGUUUUGCUUCCUGAA